AUGAGAGCGCGGGAGCGAAGCGCAACACAAAGCGGAAAGAGGGCCACGGCGAUGCGUUCCGGGUUUGGGAUCGUCAGUUCGCAUGUUGCAUGGGAUUAUUGUGCCUUUAUUAUCACCUCCUAUAUAAGCCAUUUCACGGUACACACACGACGGGAAGCUAUGCUUUUCCAUGCUUCUUCCCGCUCCCGGUUCUUCGACUCUCUUUUGUCCCAGCCAAUGGAAAGUGGCAGGAAGAUUAGCAUUCAAGAUCAAUUGUAUACAUGUGCUUCUUUCAUUAUUGUGCCUCUCUCUACGUUCUCUUCGGUGAUGUCGUUGGCGGCUUGUAUCACCGUGUCCUCGCAUAUCCACGGUAUGGGUGAGCGGGCGAUUUCUGCAGUUGUCGGUUCCAUUAGUGUCCGGCCACAUCCCUCAACUGUUUCCGUCGGAUGCCUGGAUACUUCCGUUCACCCCUACGCCUUGAUUUUGGUGCUUGGUGUCGACCGCUGGGGAAUUACUAAUUUAUUCUACUGUUGCUUUCUUGGGGGUGGGGUAGCAGAUACUCUUCUUUCCGCAAUCUCCUCAGGUACCAGAAUUUUAACUGUUGGGUUACGUAUGGUGGAUGUUGAGGGGACGCUAUGGACAGAUGGGAUGGGCAUAGACAGUGAAGGCCGUAGCAGAAGGCUGUUCCGUACAUCCCAGACGACCCCAGACUCGCUUAACAAGUACCCCGGAAUAUUGAUCGCGACUCCCCGCACUCCAGGUCCAGACUCUGAACAGACCUGAACCGACUCUCCGCUACAUUCGGUGGCCGAACAUGAAUCUUCUUCAUCAAGUUUUGUUUCGUGCUGAAACAAACAACAACGCCGAAAACCUUGAACUCGUACAGCCUGUAGCUGUGAUCUAUACUGAACAAUUUUCGCCGUUCACUCAGUUCAAUCUGAAUUCAAGAGCAGUUUUGCGUCCAUAUGGUCAAUUACAGGGCCGCCGCUAGCCCCCGUAAACUAAUCGCCGACGAGCUGUCAUAUAAUGUAUGGUCCGCCCGCCUGGUGAUCCGAUCCAUUCAUGUGACUUUAGAUUUCGGUUCCCUAUAAAUUUGGCCUCGGCUUUGUCCUUUCCCCUUCGUGCUUGCAUCUUCCCUUCUCAGCUCAGCUCAAUCCAAGUUCACUUCAGAGCUA